AUGAAGACCUUUGUCACCGCGGCAGCCCUCCUACCAGCCAUUGCAUUUGCCCUACCGGGCGCUCCAGGGCACCUGGAAUCCAUGGAAACAAACUGCCCCCCCGCCGUGUCUGAAAACCUCGUCUUCGGCGUCCCCAUCGAUGUUUUCGAAGCGGCCCGCGACUCGGCAGACCCUUCGGACUGCAACUGGACGUCUGAUAACUGCUCCUGGGCUCUCGACAAGCCUGUUGGCUUCAACUUCACGCCCAGCUGCCACAGGCACGACUUUGGGUACCGCAACACCAAGGCCCAGGGGCGGUUCACCUCGGAAGCGAAGAAGAAAAUCGACGAUAACUUCAAGCGGGAUCUGUACAAUUACUGCUCGCGGUUCCGGGGGAUCCGGUUCCACAGGGGCGUCGAGUGCCGCAGGAUUGCGGACAUUUACGUGGCUUUUGUGCGCGGGCUGGGGAAGCGGGAAGAGUUGGGGUUCAUGAGGGAAGGCAGCGUGCUCGAAAUUGAGUUUGACGGCGUCGAGGCUGAUGCUGUCGAGGCGGCUGUUUAG